AUGGUGCAGCCUGGGGAAACAAGCUGCUCCCUAAUCCGGCUGAUUUCUCUCUCUUUUCCUAUUUUUCUUGCCCCCAGGUCGGACAAAACCCUCCAGGACAUAGUGUACAAACUGGUCCCGGGGCUCUUCACAGAUGAGAUGAAGAGGCGGCGUGACUUCUACGCAGCCUACCCCAUGGCAGAGGUUCCCAACGGCUCCAACGAAGAUCGCGGGGAAGUCUCCGAGCAGGACAAGGUGAACCUGACGGACGACGAGAUCGUCAGCCUGUCCAUAGAGUUUUACGAAGGGUCCAGAGAGGAGAAGAAAGGGACCGUCGAGAACGGGGACCUGGAGAAGGAGAAGAAGAACGGGGUGCGGUUCCUGCGCUGCCCGGCCGCGAUGACCGUCAUGCACUUGGCCAAGUUCCUCCGCAACAAGAUGGAUGUUCCCAGCAAGUACAAGGUGGAAGUGCUCUACGAAGACGAGCCCCUGAAGGAGUAUUACACCCUGAUGGACAUCGCCUACAUCUACCCCUGGAGAAGG